GGGCGUCGGCAGUGUCUUGAAUCUGCCCCGGACUCCUCUAGGGCCGAGGCCACCGCCCACUGACAUCAUUUGGAAUGAGGGAGGAGGCGCAAACUGUUCUCGGCCGGCAGGACUGGACUGUGAAUCGCGGGAUUUGAAGAGAUUUCUCUUGGCAUCCAAACAAGACUGGCGGGAGGCUGCCCUCCUGCGCCUAGACCUGCCAUUCCUUCCCGCCCCCUCCCCCUGGGAGAAAUGUAAACCACUUCGGACUGUCCAGUAAAGCGGUGGCCAGGGAUGAGGUCUGGAGGCUAGUGAAGUCCUGGAAUGUGGAGAAACAGGAUGAACAGGAAGCGGUGGCUGGCCCUGUAACCUGACGUUUUCACAGGAUGUAAUUUGCCUGACUGAAACAGACUAGGUCCAACAGGAAGAAAUUUCGAUUUAUUGUGAGGAAGACGGAAAGCAGUAAGUUGGAGCUAAAGACCUUAUGGCCCAGGGCCCAGUCACAUUUGGAAGGGGAAGCCAUUUUCCGUUUCUGGGAGGACUGAGGAACAGGGGAGGAAGAAAAAGAAGAAAAAGGGCUCAGCGCCUCCCCGCCAAGCCACGGACAGAGGGGCAGUUUCGACUGGCGGGUGAGGCCGCUGCGGGCCCGGAGAUGUUUUCCUUGUCGAGCACAGUGCAACCGCAGGUUACAGUUCCUCUGAGUCAUCUCAUCAAUGCCUUUCAUUCACCAAAAAACACAUCUAUUUCUGUCAGUGGAGUAUCAGUUUCUCAACACCAGCAUCGAGAUGUAAUUCCUGAGCAUGAGGCUUCCAGCAGUGAGCCUGCACUUAACUUAAGGGAUCUUGGAUUGUCUGAAUUAAAAAUUGGACAGAUUGAUCAACUGGUAGAAAAUCUACUUCCUGGAUUUUGUAAAGGCAAAAACAUUUCUUCCCAUUGGCACACAUCUCAUGUUUCUGCACAGUCCUUCUUUGAAAAUAAAUAUGGUUACUUAGAUAUAUUUAGUACUUUACGUUCCUCUUGCUUAUACAGACGUCAUUCAAGAGCUCUUCAAACCAUUUGUUCAGAUCUUCAUUACUGGCCAGUUUUUAUACAGUCUCGGGGUUUUAAAACUUUGAAAUCAAGAACACGGCGUCUACAGUCCACCUCUGAAAGAUUAGCUGAAACACAGAAUAUAGCACCAUCAUUUGUGAAGGGGUUUCUUUUGCGGGACAGAGGAUCUGAUGUUGAGAGUUUGGACAAACUCAUGAAAACCAAAAACAUACCAGAAGCUCACCAAGAUGCAUUUAAAACUGGUUUUGCAGAAGGCUUUCUGAAAGCUCAAGCACUAACACAAAAAACCAAUGAUUCCCUAAGACGAACCCGUCUGAUUCUCUUUGUUCUGCUGCUGCUUGGCAUUUAUGGACUUUUAAAAAACCCAUUUUUAUCUGUCCGCUUCCGGACAACAACAGGGCUUGAUUCUGCAGUAGACCCUGUUCAGAUGAAAAAUGUCACUUUUGAACAUGUAAAAGGAGUGGAGGAAGCUAAACAAGAAUUACAGGAAGUUGUUGAAUUCUUGAAAAAUCCCCAGAAGUUUACUGUGCUUGGAGGCAAACUUCCAAAAGGGAUUCUUUUAGUUGGACCACCAGGGACAGGAAAGACACUUCUUGCCCGAGCUGUGGCAGGAGAAGCUGAUGUUCCUUUUUAUUAUGCUUCUGGAUCGGAAUUUGACGAAAUGUUCGUGGGUGUGGGAGCCAGCCGUAUCAGAAAUCUUUUUAGGGAAGCAAAAGCAAAUGCUCCUUGUGUUAUAUUUAUUGAUGAAUUAGAUUCUGUUGGUGGGAAGAGAAUUGAAUCUCCAAUGCAUCCAUAUUCAAGGCAGACUAUAAAUCAGCUUCUUGCGGAAAUGGAUGGUUUUAAACCCAAUGAAGGAGUUAUCAUCAUAGGAGCCACAAACUUUCCAGAGGCAUUAGAUAAUGCCUUAAUUCGUCCUGGUCGUUUUGACAUGCAAGUUACAGUUCCAAGGCCAGAUGUGAGAGGUCGAACAGAAAUUUUGAAAUGGUAUCUCAAUAAAAUAAAGUUUGAUCAGUCUGUUGAUCCGGAAAUCAUAGCCCGGGGUACUGUUGGCUUUUCUGGAGCAGAGUUGGAGAAUCUUGUAAACCAAGCUGCAUUAAAGGCAGCUGUUGAUGGAAAAGAAAUGGUUACCAUGAAGGAACUAGAGUUUUCGAAAGACAAAAUUUUAAUGGGACCUGAAAGAAGAAGUGUGGAAAUUGAUAACAAAAACAAAACCAUCACAGCAUAUCAUGAAUCUGGUCAUGCUAUUAUUGCAUAUUAUACAAAAGAUGCAAUGCCUAUUAACAAAGCUACAAUCAUGCCUCGAGGGCCAACACUUGGACAUGUGUCUUUGUUGCCUGAGAAUGACAGAUGGAAUGAAACUAGAGCCCAGCUGCUUGCACAAAUGGAUGUUAGUAUGGGAGGAAGAGUGGCAGAGGAGCUUAUAUUUGGAACUGACCAUAUUACAACAGGUGCUUCCAGUGAUUUUGAUAAUGCAACUAAAAUAGCAAAGCGGAUGGUCACCAAAUUUGGAAUGAGUGAAAAGCUUGGAGUUAUGACCUACAAUGAUACAGGGAAACUGAGUCCAGAAACUCAAUCUGCUAUUGAACAAGAAAUAAGAAUCCUUCUAAGGGACUCAUAUGAACGAGCAAAACAUAUCCUGAAAACUCAUGCAAAGGAACAUAAGAAUCUGGCAGAAGCUUUAUUGACCUAUGAGACUUUGGAUGCCAAAGAGAUUCAGAUUGUUCUUGAGGGGAAGAAAUUGGAAGUGAGAUGAUAAUUCUCCUGACAUGGAUGCAUUGCCGGUUUUAUUGCAAGAAUAUAAGUAACAUAGUAGUUUCUUUUGCAAUGCUUUCCUCCCCAGUUCUUGACUUGGUGUAAUUCAAUGGUGUAUGACACUUUCUCAUUGUUUUUCACAUUUAUCUAAUUUUGACUCUUCUCAUUAUGACACCUGUUGCACAUUAGCAACUUGUAGCAAAUAUAUUUUCAAAAAAUAAAGAACUAUCAGGAUUGAAA